GAAGUCAAGCCACGAUGAUGAUACCACUGCUAUUCGCCGUCUUUCUGGUCAACUUUCCUCAUCAACUUGCACAAUCGAACGCGAACAAUGGAUUAAUCAGGAUUGCUGCAGUGUUAGGAGCCUCCGUGCUGCCCGUCGGACUCGCUGCCGGGCCCAGAUAUGUUCCAAAAUGGAAAAAGCAAGCGUGCGAAAUACCAGCAUCUCAACACCCGAAUUCGCAUUAUAUUUGCGAUGAAGCUGGUGAAGUGAAAUGUUUGCCAGGAUGGACUGGAGAUCUCUGUGAUGUACCAAUUUGCCGCAAGGGUUGUGAUCCCCUUCAAGGCUACUGUCGGCGACCAGGAGAAUGUCGUUGUAAGUUAGGUUUCUACGGCGAACUGUGCGACAAAUGUGUGGCUUUACCAGGAUGUCAGCAUGGAAGAUGUAACGUGAGCUUCGAGUGCUCCUGCGAUCCCGGUUGGAAAGGCAUGUUUUGCUCUGAGCCCAUUUGCGCGCCCGACUGCCUCUCCAGUCAGGGUUACUGCGACAAACCCGGCGACUGCAGAUGUCGUUUCGGGUGGCAAGGCCCCAAAUGCAAACAGUGCGCGGUUCUGCCGGGUUGUGUUCAUGGGACCUGUCAAGGGCCCCUCGAGUGUCGAUGCGAUCCAGGUUGGACCGGACUGCUUUGUCAAACACCGAUCUGCGCGCAAGGAUGUAGCCGGGAUCACGGUAGCUGCAGGCAACCAAACACGUGUAGAUGCCGCGUCGGCUGGACGGGACCCAAUUGCACCGAAUGUGUAUCAUACCCUGGAUGCGUGCAUGGAUCAUGUAAACGACCAUGGGAGUGUCGAUGUGAAUCCGGCUGGGCUGGUGAUCUAUGUAACGAAAAGCUGACUUAUUGCGAUGAGCAUCCCGAUAUUUGUCGAAAUAACGCUACUUGCAUCAGCAUGACUCAUGAGGACGGUGAUUAUAGAUGCAUCUGUCCCCUGGGCUACAUGGGCCGACAGUGCCAGAUAAAAACUAUGAUACCAUCGAUGGAACUGGUACCACCGAUGCCCGAUGUCACUAUGGAAUUGUCACAAGACGUUCAAGACCUCGGGGAUAAACCAAGUAUCGAAGAAAUUUCGAACGAAGAUAAAUACGGGGAAAAACCUUCUAAAGAAGAACAGACCGUGGAACCUCUUGGGCCCAUUAUAAUCACCGAUCCACCGACCACUAGUACCAUAGAUCCAGCUGCGACUGCGGGGAAAUGGCCGAUAGAAGAAGCAACAACUGAAAGAGACGACGAGAACGAGACAUAAAAUUGAAUAAUUGUCUGAAAGU